CCUAAGCUGUCUCCUUGCAGUAAUACGUGUCAUUUUUGCUGAUAAAAUCAGAAAGCGAGGCGGAGCGUGGUCGGGGUGGGCGAGCACCUUCGGCACGUCGGAGAAAGCUUGACAAGACAGCGCAAGUUACUUCUAAACUUUGCGCUUGAGCUUAUAUUAUACAUUUGAAUGGUUGUUGCUGCGGCCGCGCAGGUUUUCGCUGCUCGCCGUGCCAGGAUUUCCGGAGCCGGCUCCAGUCCGCCCCCGCUGGCCUGGAGCCCGUGCACACCCCAACCGUCCCCAAACGCGCCGCGAGUCCCCAAACAAGCUUAACAUCACAUAUCUAUAAACAUUUGAGGCUGUUGAACGGGCUGUGAGGGCUUGCGGCUGAUAGGUGCCGCUUCCGCGCCAUCCGAUGCACUGCAGGCUAAAAUGCUAGCGCGCCAGGGUGGGAUACGUGCGCCCGAUCACUAAUGGUGACAAGUAUGUAUAACGUUGUGGUAGUGUGGCGGUCGGGCAACGAGUACACGUCCGCAGAAGCUUGUUUGGGCGGAGCCGGCUCCCGGCCGCGCCCUCUGGCCGGGGGGCUGCUGUCGCCCAGACAAGAGCCCUGCGUGCGCUUCUGCCCGCCGAGCAGUAUUUUCUGGCAACAUUCACUGGUAUAAUGCCACCAGUGUGCUGCAGACUAGUUCUGUGCUUCGCCAGAGAGCUCCGGGCGCAGCAUCGCUGUUGGUCAAACCAGCAGCAAGCGCGCCCUGAGCUCUCGGCCAAAGGUUAGCAUCUACAUUAUUUCACGAUACGCGUGACAUUGUCGAAGUGGGAUUGGUAUAGAGCCGGAGGCGAGGCCCAAGCAGCGCCAGGACAACGACACUGCUGACUGCUGUAAUGGAUGCAUAGA